UUUUUUUUUUGUUUUUUUUACAUCUGGAGAAAACGGCUAACAUGAAAAGGCCACAACCAAAUCCAGUUCAAUAUCACAAUAAUCCUAAUACAAGUUCUUCUAUAUCUAUUAACAGUAGUAAUUUACAACGUUCUAGUUCUUCUCUACCAAACCAUGUUCGUCCUAAUAUUGAUAAGCAAUUACAAUCAUUAGUCGUUGAUGACCCAGCUGAAAAAGAAACUGAAGAACUCUUACAACAGAACUUUGGUCACCUUGAUGUUGAUCAACAAUCAUAUCAUAGUACGCCUUCUUCUAAUCAUAGUAUACAUCACAGUAUACGAGACUUUUCCGCAUUUACUUUCCCUUUCACUGAACGACCCACUGUUAUCAGUCAUCAUAAAAAGUCUGGAUAUCAUUAUUAUAUAGCCACACCUACUCCCAUUCGAAACUAUCUAGAUUAUCCAGACGCUCAAGUUCUCGAAAAUCUUCAGCUACCUUACCCUUUCAGAGUUAGGGAACCCGUCUCUCAACGACUCGAACGUAUUGAUAUUCAUCAAGAUUAUAUACCAUAUCGAACACAUACAAAGCGUCAUAGUCUGGCUCUAGGUGAAGUAGCACAGCUAAGAAAAGAAAGCGGUCCGAUGAAAAAUACGGCAUCAGUCACUCGAACUGAACAAGAGAUCAUGUCUUGGAUGCCAGACCAACGAACGAUCUGGCAAGAUUGGGCAAACAACAAUGAGGAGACUUCUAGCCAUCAUAACGAAGAAUUAGUUUUCACAGAUGAUCAGUUACAUCCUUUAGAUAAUAUAAAAAAAACAUCAUUAGAAUAAUUUUUUUUCCCUUUCCUCCUUUCUUAUUAUUUGUAUAUAAAAUAAAACGAUCUAUUAUGUAA